CCGUGUCUCCGCCGCCGCGGGCCGCUGGGUCGUGCUUGUGCCGGCGGCGAAGCUCUCCCUGCGGGCGCGGCUCGGAAACGUGCGGGAAGCCCGGGGGGCCCGCGCCCGAGCCGCCGCGUCCGAGGGUUCCGCGCGGGCAGAGCCUGCGGUUCGGCCGGGCGCGGAGUCGCCCGUCCCGCGGCGUCGGCUGUCGCCGAGGCCGGGUCUGGGCACGGUCCCCACCGGGCCGGGACGCGUGUCGUGCGCGCGCAGCCGCGGGGCCGGGCGGGAGCCUCCGGGAACGCGCGCGGGGCGGCUCGGCCGUGCGGACCGCUGCGGGGUGCGGGGCCCCGGGGUCUCCGCGCGGGAAGCGGGAGCGCGCGGGCCGGUGGCCGGGGGAGCCGGCCGGGCCCCGCGUCUUGUCCCGCGCCGCUUCCCUCCCGGGCUUUGUGCGCGGCCCCGCGCGGCGGAGAGUCCGGUCCGGGCUCCGACCUGAAACCUUCCCCUGUGGGUCUCGUGACCGGGGGCGGGUCUCGGGGCGCGGAGCGCGCUGGGUCGUCAGUGUGCCGAGUGGAGGGACCGAAAACCCGGGUCCGGAGACGCCGGUGCUGUUGCGGCCAAGGCCGGCACGUGGGGAACGAGCGGGACCCGCAGCUCCCCGUCCAGAAAUCGGCCUCCAUUCCCGACCUCUCGUGCUCCGCAGGCUUUCAUCCGCGGACGCGAAGCGCUGGGUCGUUUCGCAGCUCGGAAGCGGCCACGGGCUUCCAGAAUCCAGUCUCUGACCCGUUCCUGGGACGACCGCUGUCGCUGCUGUUCCCGUCAGGGUUUCACCGCUCGGAACCGGGAGUCCCCAGGCUCCUUCUCUGUCCCCAGGCUGACGCUCCUCCUCCUCCUCCAAAUUGUGUUCGUUUCGGGCCUGAAGCCUUCUGGGUUCCGGAAGGUUUUCUCCUUGGGGAAGUGAAAGGUGAAGCCAAGAAUAGUAUUACUGAUUCCCAAAUGGAUGAUGUUGAAGUUAUUUAUACAAUUGACAUCCAGAAAUAUAUUCCGUGCUAUCAGCUUUUCAGCUUUUAUAAUUCUUCUGGUGAACUAAAUGAGCAGGCACUGAAGAAAAUAUUAUCAAGUGUCAAAAAGGCUGUGGUUGGUUGGUACAAAUUCCGACGUCAUUCAGACCAGAUCAUGACAUUCAGAGAGCGACUGCUUCACAAAAACUUACAAAAUCACCUCUCAAGCCGGGAACUUGUUUUUCUACUGUUAACACCAAGCGUAAUAACGGAAAGCUGCUCUACUCACCGGCUGGAGCAUGCCUUAUAUAAACCUCAGAAGGGACUUUUUCACAGGAUACCAUUAGUGGUGGCCAAUCUGGGCAUGUCGGAACAGCUGGGUUAUAAAACCAUGUCAGGUUCCUGUGAGUCCGCUGGUUUUAGCCGAGCAGUAAAAACACACAGCUCUGAAUUUUUUACAGAAGAUGGAUCUUUAAAGGAGGUACAUAAAAUAAAUGAAAUGUAUGCUUCUUUACAAGAGGAAUUAAAGAGUAUAUGCAAGAAAGUAGAGCACAGUGAGCGAGCGGUAGAGAAACUACUAAAGGACGUAACUAGAUUGAAACGGGAAAUUAAAAAAAGAAAACAGGCACAAAUUCAAGUAGCACGAGAGAACAUAGAAAAAGACCCUCAGGAGAACAUUUUUCUUUGUCAAGCUUUACGGACCUUUUUUCCAGAUUGUGAAUUUCUUCAUUCAUGUGUUAUCUCCUUGAAAAAUAGGCAUAUUUCUAAAAGUAGCUGUACUGCUAACCACCAACUCGAUGUGAUAGACAACCUAACCUUAAUGGUAGAAUACGCUGACAUUCCUGAAGCUAGUGCGGCUAGUGGUGCGCCGCAGAUCAUUAAACGUAAAGCUUUAGAUACCGAUGAUGGAUGGCAGUUCAAGAAGUCACGGCCAUUAGAGAUACAAAACAAACCAUCUAAAACAGAUACUGAUAGUAGUAAUCAAGAAAAAGCAUCCACGAUGAGCAGCCCUGAAACAGAUGAAGACGUUGAAAAAAUGAAGGGUUCUGGUGAAUAUCCACAGUCUCCUACAUUUUGAUCCUUUUAGGCCAGAGGGACAUUUUUAAUUGGCUGAAUGGUAAAGCGAUUUAUAUUGUUUUUACUAUGUUUAGGUAUUUGCAGUAAUACAUAAGUUCUGGUACAUUUAUUUUUUAAAGCAAUUUAUUUUAAAACCAUAACCUUUUUUGUCCACCCCCCUCCCCGCCUUUGUUAAAGAUUUUAAGUUAUUUCUGCACCCAACAUGGGGCUUGAACCCCCAACCACAAGAUCAAGAGUUGCAUGUUCCACCAACUGAAUCGGCCAGGCACCCCGCCCUUUUUUGCUCCUUUUACAAAACUGUUGAGGGAAGAGCUUAAAUGAUACUCUUUUUAAACUUCUAUAGCAUUCUUUAGAAGUGGAAAAGAAAGACUAGCCUUAUUUUCACAACAAAAAAAGAUGUCUGAAGUUAAUAUGAAAUGUAUUUCAUUUUUAUCUAAGUCAUUGCAAUUCCUGCUCUUUAUGAUAAAUGUCUAGAGUUGCCAGAUAAAAUGCUGGACAACAUUAAAAACAUUGCUUAAAUGAGUAAUUGAAUCUGAAUUGGAGUUCAAAUUUAAUUACAUGCCCUGUAUUUCUAUUUGCUAAAUCUGGUAGUUCUAAUUAUGGCAAAACUGUAAUACAGCACAAAUCUCUCUCCCUAGUCUAGAUCCCUCUACACAAAACUGAGUGAAUCCAGAAUUUGAGUACAGAACAAGCCUGGUAAUCCAGUGUGUCUGAGAUCAGCAGCUGGUCAAGUAGCUGAAAAGACCAGUUAAAAUGGGACUCAAAAAUGGUACAUACGGGUAUCAGUAUACACACGUCUAUCACAGAGAUUUCACUGCAACAUGAAGCAGAAUUGUACGUUCAUUUGUCAGCCUUUUGUUGUAGGACUAGGCACUUCUCUGUGAGAAUAUUGGUGUUCCUGUGUAAAUCACAUACAUGUCUUAACCUUUACAGUUCCCAGUUUUAGUUUCUUAAGAGUGAAGAAUUUAAAGAAGCUUUUGAAAAGCAACCGAAGUACAAAAUGCUUUUUUUUUUCCCAUUUCACGGCACCCUCCUGCUUGCACCUUUCUUCCGUUCUAACCACACCGAAUCUGACAACUUUUUCUUUUCUCACUUUUUUGCAAGUCUUUCAAAAGCAUUUACUUCGUUUUCAUGGCAAGAAUAACUUUAAUGCUAUACUUCAUCAGUACAGUGACAGACAAAACUAACAUAGGUUUGGGGACAGAACAUCUGCCUCUUGGCAAUGCAAAACUCAGCAGGUUUGAAGAGUCCUGGGCUUCAGUAUGAUUUUGAGUUUAACUCACAGUUUAACCCAGUCAGUUGGUUAAGUGGAAGUUGGCUAGGAGAGCUUUUACUAUGGUUUUUGUAUUCGUCUUUUCCUUAAUUGUGAGAAUUUUCCACGAAGCUUAUACAUCAUAUGAACCCUUCGUGUUUUAUUCACUGGAUGAAAUGCUGAACACCUAUUUUGACCAUUUUACUAAGUAACAGACCAAAUUCUAGCUAUUAUAAAGACUAUCUUUUACCUAUAACAUGCCUUAGUUACCAUGGGGUGCUAAUGAAGCCCACAUUAACAGCAGGGAUGUUCUGUACCAAUUAUUGAGUUUCUGUUGGGAUUCUUUUAACUGGUUACCUAAGAAGCACUGUGGUGUCACAACAUAGGGCAGGAGGAGGGGUAAUAGGUUGGCAGUCUAAAGCCUAAUUUAAAAAUAACCAUAAACGGGCACCUGGGCUGCUCAGUUGGUUAAGCAUCUGCUUUUGGCCCAGGUCAUGAACUCAGGGUGCUGGGAUCGACUCCCUGCUCAGCAGGUAGUCUGCUUCUCCCUCUCCCUCUGUUCCUCUCUACCCACCCCCACCACCCUGUGCUCUCUCUCCAAUAAAUAAAUACAGUCUUUUUUUUUUUUUUUUUUUUAAGUACCACAAACAUCACUAGAGCAUUUAGAACAUCACCUAAAACAUAGAUAAAAGACUAAAUGCAACCAACAAAUGAACUACUGGAGGAAGUCCCUGAAAGCACAAGACUGCUGGCUGACCGCCAGCUGGACUGAAGCAAAGGUUCCUCACCCAUUCCCAUCCUUGGACUGUACAUUUUGCCUACUGUUCCCACAGUGGAAACUGUUGCAAGGACAUAGCCUUGAGAAAGUAAGGUGUUGACACCAUAUGGAUUGUGUGUGUGACUGAACCCAGUUAAGGCCUUAAUAUAAACUAAGACUAGCAGGCAGGUGCGGAGAUCUACUUGGCUUGGGGCCACCCAAGACAAACUUCUAAGUUCCCUUGUUUGCUAAGGGAAACUUACAAAUCUUGGAGUUAUCUGCCCCUUCAGUCUCUCCCUGCUCUCCGUGUACCAGAUUAUGAACCGACAGAUACAACAGGCUAGACAUAUGCGAAUAGAGAUCUCCUGAGGACAAUAGAUUUUUCAAAGGCUGCUUAAAAGAAACAUGCCUUCAAACAAAGUUCAAUUUGCUGAAACACUAUAGAAAGGGAAUGCAUUUGGCUCAUACUUGUGCACAAUGAUCCAUCAUCUCUGAAGGAAGAAAUGCUAAAUUUCAGAGAAUCUUGCUGAGGUCAGUACCAGCUGAACUUCCAUAGUUAAGUUUGAUGACCCAAGUUUCAAGGUAUUAAAUGAAAAGAAGAAAAUGGGUUCCAACAGGUCAUUUUUCCCCCAAUUCUCAACUUUUGGUGAUUAGCCUAUCACUGGAGUAAGAUAGUUCUAGACCAUUUGCCUAUGGAUCAUUUUAAAGUAUGCUACCAAGUUUUAAGAUAGACAAGCCCAGGAGUAAAUCUGAGGUCCUGUGACUGCACUCCUAUCCAUCCCCAUGUAACAUCUCUACAAAGGGAAGAACCAAUGUCCUAGCCAGGCAUACUCCUCUUUCCAAGUUAGAAGGGUUCCUGAGUGGCUUAGUCAUUAAGCCUGAGUCUUCGGCUCAGGUCAUGAUCCCAGAGUCCUGGGAUCAAACCCCGCAUCAGGCUCCCUGCUUGGCAGGAAGCCUGCUUCUCCCACUCCUGUUUCCCCUGCCAGUGUUCCCUCUCUCCUGGUCUCUGUGUCAAAUAAGGAAAUAAAAUACUUUAAAAAAGAAAGAAUCAGCAAUUUUAAAUCCAUAUCCUGCCACAUGGAAUUUGUACAUGAACACUACAUGUACAUUCUACCUUCAUGCACCUAUAUCCCUAAAAUCCCAUUUACAAGACAGAAUCUGGGUCUAAAGUAAAAUUCAAUGUAAGUCGUCAUCCUCUCCGUAUUUGAAAUCCCAAUGAGUUGUAUGAGCCUACUGGGGACCAUCUUAAAAUUUGUAUGUAUGUAUAUAAAAUGCAAUGUGUAUUAACAUUUUAAAUAACUUGUUUUCAUUAAAGAACAGUGGAGAGGAAGCCUUACUUUUUCCUUGAAAGAUUUCAGUGAAGAAUUAAAAACUUAAUACUUCAGUUUAAAAAGAUUUAGCUGAUUUUCUACCCAAAGGUUAUGAAAUCUUAUAAUUUGAGUCAGUAUUAGAAUCACACGACCAUUUAUUAUAAAAUAUGUUUAUUGAUGAUAAGGCUCAUAUAAUUUACUCCCGAUACUUGAUGUUACACACUUUAGGGUCUUUGAGAUAUGCAGGAUCCUUGUAUGUAACUGGCAUAAACCCUGUAAAAGAAAAUGAAAAUGCUUCACAAAGGAUAACAAGCAAACUUUGGAUUAGCCUGAUUCAGUUUUUCAGGUGCUCUUACCCAUUAUUUGAGCUCUUUUAAUUGCUUUUGUGAUUUCUUUCUGUUUCUUCCCACAAAGACCUAUAAAAAAAAUGCUUUCAUAUUCAUAAAAAAUGUCAACACUCAAAAUGCAUAGUAACUAUUUUCAGUCAAGGAAAGGCUGGAAAACCUGUAAAUCGCCAGGCAGUAAAUCUCAUAGGCUUUGCGGGCCAUACAGCCACUGUGUAAUUACUGUGACGUAAAAACAGAUGGGAGGUGACGUGGCCGAUAGGCAGCAGGCCCUGGGUUAGAUAAGUGGUCUAGGAAUGACUCCCAUCUACCCCAAAACAGCAAUGCCAUUUUCUUAAGCCCUCAUUUUUUACAUGUUGUAUGCCUAGUUAACUCUGAGCAUAAGAAGACAUGUAAAAUAAUAAUCCUUUUGGCCUAUGAACAGGCUUUCUCAAAGGACCUGUAGUAUCUAGCGAUUUACAGCACAACUUGAAAAUUUGACAUUUUUCUUAAAUAACAGAAGAUUUGUGUAAUUUUCUUAAUAAGCUGCUAUAAUAGAAAACAAAGUACCUGUUAUGUGCCUUCCAUAAAUGCAUCCAGUAAAUGGAGAAAUAAACUGGGACAAAAGCUGUAUGCGUUUUAUUUGGAGAAGAAAAAAAAUUUCUAUCAACACAUCUGUUCAACUUUAUGUAAAUUUUAAAAAUUAUAUAUCACUGUCAAGUUAUGUAAAAGGUUUAAUAAAUUUCAGACAAACUUCUUAAAAA